AACCUAAAUCUAUGAUUAAGAUGCUUGGACCUGAUGGGAGGCAUCAUGAUGACCAAUGAUGGCAAUGCCAUUCUUCAAGAGAUUCAAUUCUAGCAUCCAGGAGUCAGGCCCAUGAUUGAAAUUAGCAGGACCCAGGAUGAAGGGGUUGGAGAUGGGACCACAUCAGUAAUUAUUCUUGCUGGAGAAAUGCUGUCUGUAGCUGAGCACUUUCCAGAGACUCAGAUGCACUCAGCAAUGGUGAUCAGUGCUACUUACCACAUGGCACUGGAUGAUGUGAUCGGUACUCUGAAGAAAAUCAGUACCCCUGUUGAUGUCAAUAAAUUGUGAUAUGAUAUGAUGCUGAACGUCAUCAAUAGCUCUACUACGACAAAAGUCAUCAGUCAGUGGUCCUCUUUGGUGUGCAAUAUUGCCCUCGAUGCUGUCAAGACUGUACAGUUUGAAGACAAUGGCCAAAAGGAAAUUGAUGUCAAGAAGUAUGCAAGGGUUGGAAAGAUCCCUGGUAGCAUCAUUGAAGACUCGUGUGUCUUACGUUGAGUCAUGAUUAACAAGGAUGUGACCCAUCCACGAAUGCACCACUCUAUCAGGAACCCUAAGAUUGUGCUGCUGGAUUCUUCUCUGGAGUAUGAGGAAGGAGAAAGCCAGAUGGACCUUGAGAUUACACAGGAGGAGGACUUCACCCAAAUCCUGCAAAUGGAAGAAGAGUACAUCCAGCAACUGUGUGAGGAUAUUAUCCUGCUGAAGCCUGAUGUGGGCAUCACAGAAAAGGGCAUCUCAGAUUUAGCUCAGUACUACCUCAUGUGGGCCAAUGUCAUAGCCAUUCAUAGGGUCCAGAAGACAGACAAUAAUCACAUUGCUAGAGCCUGUGGGGCAUGGACAGUCAGCCGACCAGAGGAACUAAGAGAAGAUGUUGGGACAGGGGCAGGCCUAUUGGAAAUCAAGAAGAUUGGAGAUAAGCACUUCACAUUCAUCACUGAGUGCAAAGACCCAAAGGCAUGCACGAUUCUUCUUAGAGGAACCAUCCAGGAGAUGCUCUUGGAAGUAGAACCCAACCUACAGAAUGCCACACAAGUGUGCCGCAACAUUCUCCUGGACCCUCAGCUGGUGCCUGGUGGAGAGAUGGCUGUGGCCCAUGCCUUGACAGAAAAAUCUAAGGCCAUGACUGGUGUGGAACAAUGGCCAUAUAGAGCUGUGGCCCAGGCUUUAGAGGUCACUUGUACCUUGAACCAGAACCAGGGGGCCAGCACCAUUGGUCUACCUACCUCCUUUUGGGCCAAGCAAGCGCAGGAGAGUUGUGAGACCUGGGGUGUGAACGGUGAGACGGGUACCUCAGUGGACAUGAGAGAGCUGGGUAGAUGGGAGCCGUUGGCUCUGAAGCUACAAACGUACAAAAGAGCAGUGGAGACUCCACUUCUGCUUCUGUGGAUUGAUGACACUAUCUCUGGCCACAAGAAGAAGUGUGAUGACCACAGCCUCAAAGCAGUACUCCAGAUGCUGACUAGGAGGGGGCCGUGA